ACAAUCUACUUCCUUGUCUCGAGAGACGGAUUCAAGGUUAUCAGGAGGAGAGUUUGUGUCUUCCGUGUAAAUUAGUGUCCUCUGGGUAUGUGUUGACCCUUUCUGUCUCUUAAAAUGGCUGAAGGCGGUCUCCCUCCGGAACUGGACUUAAACUUACUGGGAUGUCCAAUCUGCCUGGAGCGACUCCAACAGCCUAAGUCCUUACCCUGCCUCCACUCCUUCUGUCAGGAUUGCUUAGGGACUUAUAUCACCACGGAGGUGUCCGAAAAAAAUGGCGUCGGCAACAUCAUUCCCUUGUCCAGUUUGUAGGAGGAUGACCCAUCCGGUUAAUCAGGCUGAAACCAAGGAUAAAUGGGCAGAACAAUUUCCAACUAAUACUGUGAUUAAUGAACUUAUCCAGCUUAAGGAACGUUCGUCUGAACCAUUGUACUGCAAACCCUGCCAGACAAAAGGUAACCUGAACAACCCAGCCAGUUUUUGGUGCAAGACGAUGAACGAGAACUUUUGCGACACUUGUAAGGUACAACUUCAUGAUAUCAUACAUAAUGAGUGUGGUAUACUGAAUGUCACCGAAAACCAUAGCAAAAGAACAAAUAAGGAGAAGUCUGCCCCUCGAUGUUACACACACGACAAGAAAAUGGUUCGGUAUUGUGAGGAUCACAAACUUCUGUGCUGUUACGAAUGCGUGAUCGAAGACCAUAUGAAUUGCGCAAAAGUACCAAAAGUGACGGAAUACUUUCAGAAAAUAAAUACAGCAUCGCAACUAGAAGACAUGCAGGCGGCGUUAAAGAAAGGAGCAGAGAGUAUGAACUCACUAGUGAAGGACUUCGAUGAACAACUCCGAACAAUGAAACAAAACCAAGAAAUCGCACUGCAGAGUAUUUCCGACCUUCGUCAAAAGGUCGAUAAACGACUGGACAAACUUCAGAAGAACAUCACCGACGAGUUGAUUACAUUGUUCAAAGAAGAGAAAAGAGACAUGGAAGCAUCAUCACGGCAGUGCGAACGUCUAAUGAACGGAAUGAAAAAUACCCUGAAGUCAUCCAUUAAAGCCGUAGAGGUAAACGACAACAUUGAGACAAUAGUGUUGUAUCAGAGAGGACAGGCAGAAGUGGAGUCGUGUGAGACGCUUGUCACGGAGAUGAGCAAGUCAUUCACAUCCGUAAGCAUCGAGCAUCAAAUUGUUGCCGGACAUGAUAAUAUUAGUGAUAACGCGAUGGGAAAGAUCGUUGUCGGGAAACAACCACGAUGCAUUCCUGGGAGCCAUAGCGAUUUAGCAACCCCCUUGUCAGAACGACGCGUAAAAGAAGUCGGAAAGUUCACCAUCAAGUCCCCGUCCGAUAAAACUAAUUGCUGUUCCUAUGGUAUUGUGUACCUACCAUGUGCAAAAAUAGUAGUAAGUGAUAGCCGAAACCAAAAACUAAAGUUGUUUACAGACAAAGGGCAGUACCUGGACGAGUUGGCUGUUCGAGGAAGUCCCUGGGAUAUGUGUCUGGUGGACAACAGCACGGUUGCGGCUACUGUCGUAUAUCCCGGAGGUGUACGUGUCGUAAAGGUUGUGGACUCAAAACUCUCCCCGGUUUCUGAGAUCAACAUGUCAAAUGGUAAAUUAUGUUAUGGUAUAACACAUACAGACGGGAAGUUUGUCGUGGGUACAGAUGGAGGAGAAAUAUACAGUGUGACGCCGAACGGAGCAGCCGAGUUGUUAUACAAAUAUAACAGCACAUGUUGGUCCCUCACUCAUGAUCAAAUAAAGGGUGACACACUUGUCACUGUCAGUAACAACACCCCGGGGGAUGUCGCGGUGUCCAGACUGUCGGCUGACAAACGUCGUACGGAUGUGUUGAAGGUCGAUGUCGUGUCGGGAGCUGUGGGAAUAGACGUGGACAGGGAGGGUAACAUCUACGUAUGUGGUGGGGGAUCAAACAACGUCGUACAGCUGUCUGUAGACGGAACACACGUCAGAGAGCUGCUUACGUCAUCAGAUGGAAUGUUUAAUCAAUCGGCAAUAGCUGUAUGUGGUGACACAUUUGUGGUCAAUUAUAAUAGUGCACAGGAUAUUAAUUAUAUCAGUGUAUUUCAAAUGUACUAAAUGAAGAAGAAAUUAAAAUAAAAGUUAAGUUGAAAUAUAUGCUUAUAUCUUAACGAUACAUCAGACAAUUAAGAGCUCAUGUAAACACUACAUGAAUCAGUUCCUCAAAAAAUAAUGUUUAGUGUAAUUGUGUAAAAUUAUAUAGCUUUACAAAACGAUAAAUACAAUUAAAAAAGGGUUAGAACUGCAGUUCAUGUUGCAUCCAUAUGAUAAAUUUGAAACCGGAGGAUUGUUUUAAGUGUAUUGAUGGUAAUCACGUAUGGUUUGAUAUAUGUACCUGGUGUAUGUACCGUACAGACAGACGACCGACAUCCGUAAUCAGCACAGGGUGUAUGUACCGUACAGACAAACUACCAAUACAGACAGACCGUACCAUACAGACAGACGGCAGGUCCAUGUAGUCAUUACACAAUUUAUGUACCGUACAGACUGACGACCGACUUCCGUAAUCAGUACAAACAGACAGACAGCGACAAUAUGUAGUCAGUACAGAGUGUAUGUACCGUACAGACAGACGACCGACCUUUGUAUUCAGUACAGAGUGUAUAUACCAUGCCGACAGACGACUGGUCCCUGCAUUCUGUACAAGGUGUAUAUACCAUACAGACAGACGACUGACUUUCAUAGUCAGUACAUGGUGUAUGUAUCGUACAGAGAGGCGACCGACCUCCAUAGUCAGUACAGAGUGUCUGUACUGUACGGGCAGACGACCGACCUCCAUAGCCAGUACAGAGUGUCUGUACUGUACAGACAGACGACCGACCGACCUUCAUAGUCAGUACAGAGUGUAUGUAUUGUACAGACAGAUGUGACCGACCUCCAUAGUCCGUACAGAGUGUCUGUACUGAACGGGCAGACAACCGACAUCCAUAGUCAGUACAGAGUGUCUGUACUCUACAGACAGACGACCGACCUCCAUAGUCAGUACAGAGUGUCUGUACUGUACAGACAGACGACCGACCUCGAUAGUUAGUACAGAGUGUCUGUACUGUGCAGACAGAUGACCGACCCCCAUAGUCAGUACAGAGUGUCUGUACUGUACAGACAGAUGACAGUCAAGUGCUCGUACUGGAAGCCUCUGGUUGUCGAUGAGGGACACCUAAGUUACGUCUGCAUGUUUAAAUGUCGUUACCGCCACUUGUUAUAUUUUAUCGGUGUUUUACAGUGUACCAUAACAACAAUAUACAAAAUAUUCAGCAUUUUUGGUAUUAUUGUUUUAUAAUUGGUUUUUCUAUUGUUACACAAUCCCGUGUUUAAUAGCCGUUUCAAUGAUUCAAAACGUAGUAUAUAAUCCAGAUGCAGUUUUUCCAUAGUCACGACACACGAAAUGAAGCGUUACAAGUGUCAUCACACAAACAGUAUAUCCGGCGUGUCUAUUACACACUCCGAGUAGGCGUGAUGGUUACAUAAACAUAACUGUGAAUGACAAUUAAGAAUGAAGUGCAUCGAGGCAUUAUGAUUUUUUCUUAGCCAUGUUUUUUUUUUUUUUUAACGCAGUAAUGGAAUACCUAAAUCAUAUGUUGUUAUUUGUUUACAUUGUUUUUAUAUUAGAUUACCUAGCUUAUAAACAUGAAUAAUUGUAUACAAAACUGACAUCUACCAUUACAAUCAUAUUAUUGAUUUUAUGUCAUUCACCGUCCGAAAUUGUAAUUCGACUCGUUUGAUAUAUAUAAUCUACCUUACACACGUCAUGGGUUCAAGGCGCAAACCACUGACAUGCCGGUUAAAGACCAGCCUGUUCUCGCCUUGUUAAUAAGAAAUAUGUGGGUGAGUAUUAGGGAUAGGAAAUAUCAUCUGUUUUCCCCUUUUAGUAGUGUUCCUCUCAUAGCCUUAUCUGUGACCUGUAAAUACCAGGUACAAUGUAACGAUUACAUGUUUUGUAUCACCAGUCAUCCAUGACGGAUGUUUCCACAACAGGCGUAUACAAAUCGUAUGAGUACACAGCUAGGUGUAUUCCUUGUCGUUUCGAUACAUCACUGAAUACAGGAACACACGGACACGCAAGACGACUAGUUUUGAAAUGAGUCGGGUGUCACUCAAUGACCAUACCAGUUCUCGUUUGUUCACUCUGUACCUGGUUCCUUGGUUACAGUCUUUAUAACUACUUUCUUGUCUGUUGACUUGAGUAAGUCGAAUGUAUCUUAGAUUAAGAAACUGUAGACAAAUACUUUCAUUUAUAAAAUAAACCUAACUGCUAGCCUUUCAUGUACUUUAUGUAACACGGAACAUGAAACAAUAGUUCAUUGUUUAUGGGAGUGUCAAGAGGUGCAAAAUUUACUUCCGAGAGUUGAGACUCUGCUUGACUUCUUACAAAUUCCUUUUGCUUAUAACAAGGACUCCUUUCUUUUUGGAAUAAUAACACAAUACUAUAAUCAUGUGGAUAAUGAAAUUAUAAUUAUCAUUAAACAGUAUAUCUACAAAACUAGAUAUCUCAGCAACUCCCUAAAUCUCAAUGCACUCAUCAAUGUUAUCAAAGAUCACUUCCUGGUUCAAAUUCUUGUAAAUAACAGUAAAAGUGAGAAUUUUAAAGAGCGGUUUGAAAAAGGUUGGAGAAAAUGGAAACCUCUUUUAGAACUAUAGUGAUAGUUAUUUCCAAUGUUAUCACUAUUAAUAACCAUUAUAUAAACAUCACUAAUUUAUAAUUUCGGUUCCAGUUAUCAACUUUGAACACUUAUUCAUGACCAUUUUUACCCUGGUUUCGCCCGAUUAGCUCACUGUUCCACUCAGUUUUUUUAUUUAUAUAUCAUGAAACCGUGCCUCUCUGAUCUUGUCUCUCCCCCCCCCCUCUCUCUCUCUCUCUCUCUCUCUCUUUCUUACACUGCUCUAUUUGCCUGUUUUUCCUUCUUUUUUCUGCAAAUGGUCGUAAACAUAUGUGUACAUGUAUUUACGAUGUGUGUGUUUGUUU